AUGCCUUCAGUUCCACCUACAACAACACCAUCUCACUCAUCUCAGAUGCUUCCACCUGUUGCACCUAGGAAUGGUGCUUCAGCUUCUAGAGCACCAUCUACAUCCCAGUCAAGUCAUCAGUUAGAUAGUAGAAAUGUCGGACUAGAAAAUGAAACAAUCUAUGUCCAGAUCAUAGGAAAGGGGCAAGCAGCACACAAGUAUUCUGAUUUUGUUUCUCAAUUAAAGCGAAAAGGCAGAAAACCCUAUAUUAAAGGUCAAGUUUGGAAAAAUUGGACUGAAUAUUGGAAGACUCCUGAGGCCAUUUGGAAAUCAGAGAUAUUUUCUAAGAAUCAUCAAUCCAAGAAGGGUGGAGAAGGAUCUAGUUUAUCUCUCCACAUUGGAGGCUCUAUCUCAGCAUUCGAACACCAACAAUGCAUCGCUGAUGGGACAGGUAAGGAGCCUACAUUAGGGGAGCUUUUUGUGCACCUCUACACCAACAAACGAGAUGGCAAUAAUAAUUGGGUUCACAAACGCUCUAAUGGAAUCUUUGAAACAUUACAAAAGAGGAUCAAAGAGAGUGCCUCUGCCCAUAUAGAAGGAUCAGAGCAAAAUAUUGUUGAUAGGACACAAAUUUUUCUUGAAGUUACAGGAGAUUCUAACAAAAGGCAUGUUUAUGGGAUUGGAUCACAGGCAUCGAGCUACUACUAUGGCAUGCUAAGCUCUAGGAUGUUUGUUGCAUUUACAUUUGAGACUAGUGAGUUGUCCCAAACUCAAGCGAAGCAGAUAGCCUCUUUGGAGCAAGAGUUUAAGGAACAAAAGGAGAUGAUAGAGCGAGAGCUUAAGAAGCAAAAUGAUAUGAUUCUCAGCUUAGUCGACAUUUGCAAAUGA